GCCAGGAUGGCCUCGUCCUCGGGCAACGAUGACGACCUCACCAUCCCCAGGGCUGCCAUCAACAAGAUGAUCAAAGAAACGCUCCCCAACGUCCGCGUGGCGAACGAUGCCCGGGAGCUGGUGGUGAACUGCUGCACUGAAUUCAUCCACCUCAUCUCCUCCGAGGCCAACGAGAUCUGCAACAAAUCGGAGAAAAAAACCAUCUCCCCGGAGCACGUCAUACAAGCACUAGAAAGUUUGGGCUUUGGCUCCUAUAUCAGUGAAGUAAAAGAAGUCUUACAAGAAUGCAAAACAGUAGCACUAAAGAGAAGAAAGGCCAGUUCACGCUUGGAGAACCUUGGCAUUCCGGAAGAAGAGCUUCUAAGGCAACAACAGGAAUUAUUUGCAAAAGUAAGUGAAGCAAUACUUGUGCUCUUGAGGGCAUUUAAAAUUUUGGUCUACCACAUAGCUGUUGUCAGCAUGCAGGGAACUAGUUAUGAUAAAUUCAUGUGUGUCAAACGUGUUUGUACUAACAUAAGAAAGGCCAAUGUGGCUGCUUCUGGAUUAAGGAUGCAGCAAGCAGCUCAACAGGCACAACUUGCUGCUGCCUCAGCCAGUGCAUCCAAUCAGGCAGGAUCCUCUCAGGAUGAAGAUGAUGAAGAUGAUAUCUGAAAUUCACCAGCUGAGUUUGUCUUUACGAAAUAUUUUUCCUGCACAAUGAAAACAGUGAAAUGAAUGCUUACCUGUAAGUUUGUAUGCAUCAUGGACUGGCAAUUGGUAUUCUAGGGGUGUCUGCUGUUGUGUGCUGUACAUGUAUAAACUGUCUUUUUUGAACUCUUGAAGAUUUAAGGUUCAGUAUCAUAUCAACUUUGGAUUUUUAAUGGUGUAUAUGGAAAUUUUAGAUAGUGCGUCAUUUAUUUGAUCAAUAAACAGUGUUACAAUAAACAACAAGUUUAUAAAAUAUAGUGAGAUUUAUACAAAAAGCUCUGAAUCCACAUUUGCAUUUCUUCCCUUUUAACUAAACUAUAAAAUCUUACUUAGAAUUUUUAAUUGUUUUUUGGGCGACUGAUACACUAGACAUAAUCAGUUAAUGGGAAAAAAACAGAGUUCAGCAUACUAGAGUCUGAAUUCUUAGUUCUUUUUAAAAUGAGGAUGUAUAUGGCAAUAAAUAUUAUAUACACUCAAAAUCCACACUUGCUAAAAUUUGAAAAUUAUACGUUUUUCACCCAGGAAAAGCUAUGUUUAAUGGAGUUGUACAAAUUCAGUCAUGUUUUUGUAUAGGGGUGAAAAAAAAUAAACCUAUGGUUUUAUUAUUGCAUCCUUUGACAGUCCUUACUGAGUAUUUCCCUUCAAAAGACUGCCUGGUUUGAAGACCCAACUCUUCUAUUAUUUCACUCCAGUGUAAUGUUAACUGUUGUUGAUGGUAUUUUAUAGUCCAGAUCUAUUCAUAUUGUUGAAAUAUAAAGCUGGAACUUGAUGAAACAGCAUUGUUUUAGUUCCACUGAUGUAACUGGGAAUGAUUAAGUAUUCAAGCCUAUAAGAAUGCAAAAGCUGAAGCUAAGAGCAUGUUUACCAUAAAAGAGGGAAUUUAUUUA